CCAGUAUUUCCGGUUUCAUUCUUAUCAGCUUGAUCGCCGUGCGUUUGUCAGUGAGUCGCACAGAAGUGACGCAGCUGAAUCGGCGGUAGUGCAGCUCGACAUGGCGGCGCUGCUGAGAGCUCUGCGGGUUGGAAGGGCACUACGGGGGCUGGGAGGCGCGGUGGCUACACCUCCAGCAACACACCUCGAGUGCAGCACCCUGAGACGAGGCUUCCAGAGCUCAUUGCUGAGGCUUCAGGAUGAAUCCAAAUCUGACAGACCUCCAGCCCCCUCUUCCACAACCUACCAUGAGCACUACCAGGCUCACUCAUCUGAACAGGACACAACAGCAGCUUCACAGGGAGGUUCUGCAGCUGAGCCAGAAGCAGAGGAAGCUUCCAGGCCAAACACCAGUUACCAGGACCAGAGCGGAGAGCAGGGUGAAGAGUAUGAAACAGAGGAUCAGCUUCAAGCUCGAAUCCUGACCACUGCUCUGGAGUUCGUCCCGCUGCACGGCUGGUCAAUGGAAGCCAUUGCAUCUGGUGCUGAGACACUUGGCCUGUCCUCAGCCUCCACUGGAAUGUUCCACAACGGAUCUGGAGACUUGGUUCUACAUUUCAUCGCCCAAUGCAACUCACAGCUGACAGAGAUCCUGGCUGAGCAACACAAGCAGGUCCAGCUUGGCCAUGCCGAACCAAAGAAGACUGCUGACUUUCUAAGAGAUGCUGUGGAGACCAGACUAAGGAUGCACAUCCCUUACAUUGAAACAUGGCCACAGGCGAUGAGUAUCCUGCUCCUUCCACACAACAUCCCAGACAGUCUGAAGCACCUCUCCACCCUGGUAGACGACAUCUGGUACUAUGCUGGAGACCGAUCCACAGACAUGAACUGGUACACCAAACGGGCAGCACUGACAGGCAUCUACAACACCACAGAGCUAGUGAUGGUCCAGGAUUCCUCUCCAGACUUCCAGGACACCUGGAACUUCCUUGAUAACCGCAUUCAGGAUGUAGUCAACAUGGCCAGCACGGCCAAACAGGUGCAGUCGACUGGUGAAGCAGUUGUGCAGGGGCUAAUGGGAGCUGCUGUAACUCUGAAGAACCUGACAGGAAUGAACCAGAGGCGGUGAUGUGAAAACAUCUACCACUGAUCUUGACAGAGCGUCCAGGUUGUGUCAUGAGCUGCAGAUCAAUUCAUCUUCUUUUUGCCUUUAUUUCUAUUUGCCUCUAUGAAACGACUGUGAGGGUUUUGGAUUAGGACUCCUUAGUAAGACGAAGCUCUCAUUUGUUCACCUACAGGACCAGUGGAUUGGUCCAGGUUUCUUUCACUGCCCAACAUGUUGUUAUACUGCUCAGAUCUUUUUUUCUGUUUGUAUUAAAAGACACGGAUCUGUCAUGUUGCUGUUGGAUCAAUUGAGACUUCAAUAAAGUAGUUUAUUAUUGUA